UGAUAAGGGUAAAGUAAGCGUCUUGAAUAAAGAUGCUGACCAACGUUCUGUUCCUAGUCGUAUUAGUUCUUGCAUUGCAUUUCAGCCAAAACACUAGAGAUUUGAAGCAUUGCUAAAUCUAACAAAGGUGAAUAUCCAUGGAGGAGAGAUUGAUCAGAUUCCAGUAUCAAAGAAAGAGAAUUUAAGAAGGAUUCAGUUCCAGUCUUCAGACACUUUAUUAAUGUUUCUAAGGUUCCUCAUGUGUAUUAGGCAUAAUUGAUCUCCAUAUUUGCCUGACCUUGCAAAGGAAAAUAGAGAAGAAAAAGGAGCUGUAGUCAAUUAUGCAGAAGCUAAACAUGUAUGGCUUGCCUUAGUCAAUGAAACUUCUUCAGAACAUGGAGUAACCGAUAACGAUUUUAAAGAACUCGGCACCAUCUGUGCUGACUUUCUAGAAGAUUCUAGCUGCAAGAGAAAUAUGUUCAGGAUUCCUGGAAUUGUUCUCUCCAAAACUUCACUGAAGGAGUCCCGCAAGGGAUCAGAAAGUGAUGUGAGAAAAUCAAAGAAAAGUUAUAGUACUAAUCAAACAAAAAAAUUAACAGAAGUAAAUUUCAAAAGUUUGAAGAAUGCCAAAAAGAGUACCACAAAAAGUACUUGAAAUGAAGAAGCUAAAAAAAUGGGCGAUCAUCUUCUAUUCAGCUCUGAUAAGAUUGAGAUGGCCUAUGCAUAUAUCCUAAAAGAAAUGCGCUUAGCCACUUUUGAUGAAGAGGAUGUCAUUAUCAAGCUAGUCCUACUUUUAAAUUGCUCAUUUGAAACAAGAGCAUUCUCACAGAGAUAUAAGAGCAAAGCUCAAGUCAAGGAAUUACUAGAGAAGGAAAUUAUAGAUGUGAGUCCACCAGAAAAGGAGGAAAGCAAGAAUUUAGCACCAGCGGUGUCAAAGUUAAGUGGGCUUUCAGGGCUUGUUGGCAAGAAUAAUCCUAAAGAGGUGUCAACUAAAGCAGAGGUAAACAUGCCUAAAUCAAUUAUCCCCACUCUGAAGGAGUUUAAAGGUAGUGCUUCAAGUGAGAUUCUGUAUGAAGAAAUCACCAAGACUUAUAAGAACAAGGUUGGACCAGCCCUAUUGAUCUUCUUUAUGAUCGAAUCUACAGAAGCUUUAAAAUAAUUCCUUUUUAAUUUGAUAAAU